CUUCCGUGCCCGGCCCUGUAGGAGCCACCCCUGCGCUUACCCGGGGCUGUGCCGGCCUUCCGAGAGCGGAGGGCGACCCUCUUCGGACACCCCGCGGCUCAGGUGACCGCGGCCAUGGCUUUCCCCCACCGGCUGGACGCCCCAGAGCUGCCCGAUUUCUCCAUGCUCAAGAGGCUGGCCCGGGACCAGCUCAUCUAUCUGCUGGAGCAGCUUCCAGGAAAAAAGGACUUGUUCAUUGAGGCCGAUCUCAUGAGCCCUUUGGAUCGAAUCGCCAGCGUCUCCAUCCUAAAGCAACACGAAGUAGACAAGCUGUACAAGGUGGAGAACAAGCCAGUCCUGAGCUCCAGUGAACAAUUGUGCUUCUUGGUCAGACCCCGCAUCAAGAACAUGCGAUACAUAGCCAGUGAGUAUGGCGUGGUGCGCCGUAGAGGAGGGGUGUUUGCUCACCGGCUUCCUUUUCUCUUUCAGUUUUAUGCCUGUGAGAUGGUGCUUGAGGAAGAGGGGAUCUAUGGAGAUGUGAGCUGCGACGAAUGGGCCUUCUCUUUGCUGCCUCUCGAUGUGGAUCUGCUGAGCAUGGAGCUCCCUGAAUUUUUCAGGGACUACUUCCUGGAAGGAGACCAGCGUUGGAUCAACACGGUGGCCCAGGCCUUGCACCUCCUCAGCACUCUCUACGGCCCCUUUCCGAACUGCUACGGGAUCGGCAGGUGCGCCAAGAUGUCACAUGAAUUGUGGAGGAACCUGGAGGAGGAGGAGGACAGUGAAACCAAAGGCCGGAAGCCAGAAAUUGGCCACGUCUUCCUCCUGGACAGAGACGUGGACUUUGUGACGGCACUGUGCUCCCAGGUGGUUUACGAGGGCCUGGUGGACGACACGUUCCGCAUCAAGUGUGGGAGCGUGGACUUUGGCCCAGAAGUCACAUCCUCGGACAAGAGCCUGAAGGUGCUGCUCAACGCCGAGGACAAGGUGUUUCAUGAGAUUCGGAACGAGCACUUCUCCAACGUCUUCGGCUUCCUGAGCCAGAAGGCCCGGAACCUGCAGGCCCAGUACGACCGCCGCCGAGGCAUGGACAUCAAGCAGAUGAAGAACUUCGUGUCUCAGGAGCUGAAGGGCCUGAAGCAGGAGCACCGCCUGCUGAGUCUGCACAUCGGGGCCUGUGAGUCCAUCAUGAAGAAGAAGACCAAGCAGGACUUCCAGGAGCUGAUCAAGACCGAGCAUGCGCUGCUGGAGGGCUUCAGCAUCCGGGACAGCACCAGCUACAUCGAGGAGCACAUCGACCGGCAGGUGUCGCCCAUAGAAAGCCUUCGCCUCAUGUGCCUCUUGUCCAUCACCGAGAAUGGUUUGAUCCCCAAGGAUUACCGAUCCCUGAAAACACAGUAUCUACAGAGCUAUGGCCCCGAGCACCUGCUGACCUUCUCCAACCUGCGGCGCGCGGGGCUCCUGACGGAGCAGGCCCCCGGGGACACCCUCACCGCUGUGGAGAGCAAAGUGAGCAAGCUGGUGACAGACAAGGCCGCAGGAAAGAUCACUGAUGCCUUCAGCUCUCUGGCCAAGAGGAGCAAUUUUCGUGCCAUCAGCAAGAAGCUGAAUUUGAUCCCGCGUGUGGACGGCGAGUACGAUCUGAAGGUGCCACGCGACAUGGCGUAUGUCUUCAGCGGCGCUUAUGUGCCCCUCAGCUGCCGGGUCAUUGAGCAGGUGCUGGAGCGGCGGAGCUGGCAGGGCCUGGAAGAGGUGCUGCGGCUGCUCAACUGCAGUGAGCUGGCCUUCACAGGCGGGACCAAGGACGACAGGGCCCCCAGUGAGUCCCUGCGCCUCAUCCUGGUGGUGUUCCUGGGGGGCUGCACCUUCUCCGAGAUCUCAGCCCUGCGGUUCCUGGGCAGAGAGAAAGGGUUCAGGUUCAUUUUCCUGACAACAGCCGUCACCAACAGCGCUCGCCUCAUGGAGGCCAUGAGCGAGGUGAAAGCCUGAAGCUGCCCCUGGACGCGCUCCCCAGGGGCUGCAGGAGGGGGCGCAGCUGCCGACUCCACGCUCCCCAGCGCCCCCCAGCCACCCUGCUCCAGGCUGGGGAACCGGACUUGUUUGGGAUUUAGGGGACACGUCAGAGGAGGGAGUCGCCCUGCCCAAGGAUGUUUUCCUGUUUUGGUUAUGAAGUGCAGCCCAUGCUGAGAAGACAUGGAGGAGGAGGAUCGUUUGCUACAUCGUGUUUGAGUCUCAUUGUAAAUAAAGCCUCUACGUUCAAAUGUCA